AGGUUAAGUCUACGCUGGAAAUUCCCCGCAGUUUACCGUACCUAUACCUACCUCUAGUAAGCGGGAGCUUAACUCUAUUGGUGAUUGCCUUAUCGGGUCUCGUAUGUCAUCGAGUCUCGGUCUCCGGCGUCAAUUUGAGACAUGAGACAUCAUCUUUGCAAUCUUGCCUCGCGAUAAGCAAAUUAAGUCCUUACCCACUGUGAAGCUGUUCAUAUCAAAUAUGCCCGACUUCAGACCAGCGUUGCUAAUAGUAGACCUCCAAGAGGACUUCUGUCCUCCGAACGGCUCGCUCGCCGUGGCUAACGGCCGCGACGUCGCGCCAUUGAUCAACAAGCUUCUAGAACUACCUUUCGUAGCUAAGAUCGCGACGAAGGAUUGGCAUCCUACCGAUCACAUCUCAUUCGCGACAAACCACGAGGGCAAAGCCCCGUUUCGGGAUUUUGUCACCAUCGAGAACCCGCUCAACAGGUCGGAGACCCAGGAGUCACGACUGUGGCCGGUCCACUGUGUGCAAGGCACUCCGGGAGCGGAGCUGAUUCCCGAGCUACGUGCUAACCAGCUAGACAUGGUCCUCGAGAAAGGGACGGAUCCGCGGGUCGAGAUGUAUAGCCCUUUCUACGACCCCUUCACGUCCCCGCGGGUCUACGACAGCGGCCUCGCCAAGGCUCUGAGAGAGAAGCGAGUGACAGACCUGUACGUGGUAGGACUAGCAGCGGACUACUGCGUCAAGAAUGCGGCGGUCGACGCCGCUAAGGAAGGGUUUAAGACGUACCUGGUAGAAGAGUGCACUAAGCCUGUCGACGUGUCCGCUUGGCCCGAGUGUAGGAAGGAGAUCGGGGCGUCCGGUGUCAAGAUAGUCAGCAUGGACGGCCCGGAAGUAAGUCGAUUGAUGACGGCGCAGUGAGCGGGCAAGACUGGCUAAGCUGAAG